AUGAAUCCCAGUGGCCAAGGCGAACUGCCGGGCAGCGCAGCCGCCAUUGAACAAAAUAUCGAGGAGAAGGAAAGGUCACAACUGGGCAUCGUCACAGAUCAGCAAAAGGACACCGAACCGUUCUCUGAGAAGAGUUCUGCCACUCCGGUCAGCCCUUCUACGCCCAUCUCUGGCAACCCCAAAACCCCAAUUGCUGCUGUGUCACCUACUUCGCCGACAUCUCAAUCUUCCGACUCGGAUGCUCGUGCGGAUCUCGCGAAGUUCGACUCGAAGAUUGUUCAGAUUCGAGAUGUACCAGAGGGUGAUGCUGCAUUGGCUCACUUGCCAGAGCAUGAGAGAGAGGUUCUGAAAAAGCAAUUGGAUGUCCCAGACGUGAAAGUCUCCUACUGGACGCUAUACCGUUACGCGACCACGUGGGACAAGGUCCUGAUUGCCAUAGCAUGCCUCUCUGCAAUCGGCGCCGGUGCCGUCAUGCCUUUGAUGACCGUCGUCUUUGGCAACCUCAGUGGCACCUUUCAAGGACUGGUACUAAACAGUCUCUCAUCAAGUUUCAAUUCCAUCCUAUCGCGAUAUUGUCUGUACUUUAUUUACCUGGCUAUUGGAGAAUUCUGCCUGGUUUAUGUAGCAACCGUGCUCUUCAUCUACACCGGCGAGCACAUUACUUCCAAAGUCCGAGAGCAAUAUCUGAGGGCUAUCUUGCGACAGAACAUCGGAUUUUUCGACAAAUUGGGGGCUGGAGAGGUCACAACUCGCAUCACUGCCGACACAAAUCUUAUUCAAGAGGCUAUCAGUGAGAAAGUUGGAUUGACUCUGACUGGUGUCGCCACAUUCUUCUCCGCAUUCGUUAUUGGUUUUGUCAAGUUCUGGAAACUCACGUUGAUCUGCACCUCUACUGUCUUUGCAAUUAUCCUAGUCAUGGGUUCUGGGGGCAAAAAGAUGGCUGGGUGGAACAAACAAGCUCUAGGAGCGUAUGCACUGGGAGGCUCGGUGGCGGAAGAAGUACUGGCCUCGAUCAGGAACGCAGUCGCCUUCGGUACCCAGGAUAAGCUCGCGAAGCAGUACAACGUACACCUCCUCGAAGCUCGCCGCUGGGGAAUACGAAGCAAGAGCGCGCUGGGCUGCAUGAUAGGAGGCAUGCUGUGUCUCCUUUUCUUGAAUUACGCUCUCGCAUUUUGGAUGGGUUCACGAUUUCUGGUCGACGGCGAGACCACUCUUGCCCAUAUCUUGACCAUUAUCUUUGCCGUCAUGAUCGGUGCCUUCUCUUUCGGCAACGUUGGGCCCCAUAUGCAACACUUUGCCGCUGGGGUGGGUGCAGCGGCCAAGAUCUACUCGACUAUCGACCGUGUGUCCUCAAUAGAUCCUCUUUCUGAUGACGGCGAAAAACUGGAUCACGUUGAGGGAACUCUCGAGUUGCGAAAUGUCAAGCAUAUCUACCCGUCACGAGCCGAAGUGGUGGUCAUGGAGGACGUCAGUCUGGUCAUACCCGCAGGCAAGACAACCGCGCUUGUUGGAGCUUCUGGAUCGGGUAAGUCGACGAUUGUCGGGUUGGUAGAGCGAUUCUACGAUCCAGUGGGUGGCGUGGUUCUCCUUGACGGGCACGACAUCAGCACGCUCAACCUUCACUGGCUACGACAGCAAAUUGCCCUCGUCCAACAGGAGCCGAUUCUUUUCAGCCAGACUAUCAGAGAAAACAUCAGGAAUGGUCUCGUCGGUUCCAAGUACGAGGACGAGUCGGAAGAGAAGCAAACGCAACGCAUAAUUGAUGCCGCAAAACAGGCAAACGCUCACGAUUUCAUUUCUUCACUUCCAGAAGGCUAUGAAACGCAUGUUGGCGAGCGGGGCUUCCUGUUGUCCGGUGGUCAGAAGCAACGUGUCGCCAUCGCCAGAGCCAUUGUCAGCGACCCCAAGAUCCUACUGUUGGACGAAGCCACAAGCGCUUUAGACACGAAAUCGGAGCGCAUCGUGCAACACGCACUGGACACCGCAGCGAAAGGCAGAACUACCAUUAUAAUUGCUCAUCGGUUGUCAACCAUCAAAACUGCGGACAACAUUGUCGUCAUGCAACAAGGACGGAUCGUGGAGCAAGGCACCCAUGACCAGCUGCUGGAACGGAAACAGGCUUACUUCAAGUUGGUCUCGGCUCAGCGCAUCGGCGGUAACGACGAUGAACAACUCGAACAACAAGUCCUGGCUGGCGAAGCAGAGCUCACCAAGAUCCAGUCCACCAGAUCUGGUAGUGCCGGAAUGGCAGACCCGGACGACGAGAAGCUUGCAUUGGGCCGGACAAGAAGCGGGAAAUCCGUGUCCUCCAACAUUCUCGCUGAUAAAAAGGGCGAGAAAGAAGCUCAUUAUUCUCUCUGGACCGUGAUCAUGUUCAUUGCGCGCUUCAACAGAAAAGAAUGGUGGAUCAUGUGUAUCGGGUUCUUCUUCUCGGCCAUUGGAGGAGCCGCUCAGCCGGUUCAAGGCGUUUUCUUCGCCAAAUGUAUUGUGGCUCUGUCCCAGCCGCUGACUUUACGACAUCAGAUUCGACACGACAUUGACUUCUGGUCGUUGAUGUAUCUGAUGUUGGCUUUGGUGGAUCUCCUCGCAAUGUGUGUACAAGGCAUCGCCUUCGCCUAUUGCAGUGAGAGCUUGAUCCAGCGUGCGCGGGACGGUGCUUUCAGAAGAUUCUUGAGGCAAGACAUUGCCUUUUUCGACGAGGACGAAAACUCCACAGGCGCCCUUACGUCCUUCUUGUCCACGGAGACUACUCAUCUUGCGUCAAUCUCUGGAGCGACACUGGGGACCCUCAUUAGCUGUUCAUCCACCUUGAUUGUUGCGAUUGUGGUUGCGCUCGCGAUCGGCUGGAAGUUAGCACUUGUAUGCAUGUGCGCUUUGCCCGUCAUCCUCGGAACAGGCUUCCUCAGGUUCUGGGUGCUUGCCAAAUUCAGUGCAGCAAAUCGGAAACACUACGAAAAGUCUGCUGGAUACGCCUGUGAACACACCAACGCCAUCCGAACAGUUGCAUCGUUGACGACCGAGCGAGAGAUCUACAACGAGUAUAAGCGCCAGCUUCGGGCCCAGUUAGGCGACUCCCUCAAAUCGAACCUAAAGCACGCCUCCCUGUACGCCGCAUCGCAGUCUGCCAUGUUCUUGGCCUUUGCACUUGGCUUUUGGUACGGAGGCAAGCUUUUGGUUCGAGGAGAAUAUGGUCUCUUCCAAUUUUUCAUUGUCUUUUCAGAAAUCAUCUUCGGUGCACAGUCAGCAGGCACCGUCUUCUCGUUUGCUGGAGACAUGUCCAAGGCGAGGAAUUCAGCUGCUGAGUUGAAGAAGCUCUAUGAUCGUCAGCCUUCCAUCGACCCGUGGUCCGAGGACGGCGCGCCAAUCACUCAAGUCGAAGGGACCAUUGAGUUCCGAGACGUGCAUUUCCGAUAUCCGACUCGACCAGAGGUCCCCGUACUCCGAGGCCUCAACUUGACCGUCAAACCUGGACAGUAUAUUGCUCUUGUUGGCGCGUCCGGAUGUGGCAAGUCGACAACUAUCGCACUAUUGGAGCGUUUCUAUGACCCGCUCGCAGGUGGAAUUUACGUUGAUGGCCAUGAAAUUUCAAGCCUCAACCUCAAUGACUACCGCUCUCACCUUGCUCUAGUCUCCCAAGAGCCAACGCUGUAUCAAGGCACCAUAAAGGAUAACGUCCUCCUCGGCGUUGACAGAGGCGAGAUCAGCGAUGAGCAGAUCAUACGAGCCUGCAAGGACGCCAAUAUCUAUGACUUCAUCAUGUCUCUGCCGGACGGCUUCGCCACUGACGUCGGUAGCAAAGCAGCCCUGCUCUCUGGCGGCCAGAAACAGCGCAUUGCCAUCGCGCGUGCCUUACUCCGAGACCCCAAGAUCCUCCUGCUGGACGAGGCCACGAGUGCGCUUGACUCCGAAUCUGAGAAGGUGGUCCAAGCAGCUCUGGAUUUUGCUGCCAAAGGGAGAACCACUGUUGCGGUAGCACACAGACUAAGCACGAUUCAGAAAGCAGAUAUCAUUUAUGUGUUCGACAAAGGUGUUAUCGCAGAGAAGGGCACCCACCAAGAGCUCAUGGCGUUGAAGGGAAGGUAUAGAGAGUUGGUGAGCCUGCAAAGUCUAGAAAAGCAGCGGUGA